AUGACAAGCUCUUCUUAUCCAUCCACAACCUCUACAACAACAUUCUCUUCGUUUUGGCAUUUAGUACAUGGAUGUACCUUUGUAUUGGCCUUACUAGAGUCCUUGUUUCACAUUGCUGCUGUGGUCAUGAUGGGUAUUUUACAAGAUUCCAUUCAAUUUGGAGCGUAUGAAUAUUUCAUUUCCAUGAUAGUGACAAGUAUCUUGUUAUUGGCACAAGCAGCCUUGUGUUUUCAAACCAUGUUCGGCCUCUUGAUGAAAUUUUAUCAAAUUUUGCAUGUAGCACCAAAUGUCAAAUUUUCUGACUCGACCAAAUUUGGAUUAUUGUCUUCCUACGUUUCCGUUUCUGGAAUUUCUUUGGGUCUUUGUUUGUAUCAAACAUUUCUCUUUGGAAUGUUUGAAAGAAUCACUCCCGUCGAUGUGUACAUUUAUCAAUGUGGAUUGGCAGCCUCUGUGGUUGGAUGUGUGAGUUCCUUGUUGUGUGUGAUUGAUUCAUCGGUUCGAUUGAAAUUAUUCUUUAAGGAAACGUUUGAAUCGAGAGGAGGGAAUGAGUUGGUGAGUUUAAUGACAGAACCAAACCAUUGA